AUGGCCCAAAGCAGAGACGUUGUUCCCAAAGUUCCCGGUGGCUGGAAGGCGGUAUUCGAUGACGAAUAUAAGCAGUGGUUUUUCGUUGAUCUAAGCACCAAGCAAUCUCAAUGGGAAGCCCCAAGAGGCACUGAAUGGCCAAAUAGUAGGCGUGCUGCUCCACCACCUCCACCUGCAUACGACUCACAACCACCACAACCCCAGCAGCAACAACGCUACGCUUCUCAGCCUCCGCAGCAGUACUAUCCGCAGCAGACGCAGCCAAUGUAUCAACAGCCAAUGUACGGACAGCAGCCAAUGUACGGACAGCAGCCCAUGUAUCAGCAGCCCAUGUAUCAGCAGCCAAUGUACCAGCAGGCUCCGCAGAAGAGAAAUAACCAUGCGAUGAGAAACGGUCUACUUGGGGCCGGAGCUGGUAUGGUUGGCGGUUUCUUGCUGGCUGAUGCCAUGCAACCGGAUGUUAUCAUCGAGAAUAACUACGAAGGUGGGUAUGAUGGGGGAGAUUUUGGCGGAGGGGACUUCGGUGGUGGAGACUUUUGA